GUGGGGACAGUCCCAGGCAGUGGGUGGGCAGGCCCAUGACUUCCCUGGGCACCCAGCUUUGCAGAGCAGUGCUCCUGGCUUCCAUCCUGCUGCUGCUGUGGGCAAAGGGAGUGAGGCCUCAAAAUGAAGACCAGGACUCUGAAGGGGAGGCUCAGAAAGACAACCUGCCCUCCAUAGACCAGGAUCAAGAACAGUUGGAAGAGCACUUCCUGGCCUCCUCGGUGGGUGAGAUGUGGCAGGUGGUGGACAUGGCCCAGCAGGAGGACCAAGAGAUGUCCCAGGCCAGAGAGAUCCAUAAUCACCUGUUUGACCUCGCCUUCUGCUUCAACCUGGCCAGCAUCCUGGUUUUUUUAUGAGAGACAUGGAGGCCGAGGUGGUGGCCUGGUUCCUGGAGGAGGACUUAGAUGUUUAUCUUGGCUUCAUGAUUGCUUACUGAUCCUCUUCUGGGAAGGCUCCAGGUCACUCUCCCCAGGGUGACACACACGUACCUCUACAGAUCUGUGCUCUGGCCAGUGACCUUUCACCUCAAGAUACAACAGCUGGGAGACCCCUCUGUGCCCAUCCACUGCUCCCUGGCCUGCCUCAGCUCUGCAUUCCAUCCUCCAGAGCCAGGAAUGCCAGACCCUUGCUAUCCCUCUCUCGUGGAGCCUCUUCUUUCUGGACCCAGGGCUACAGCUUGGGAAGAGCAGGCAACCGCAAAGUAACAGCAAUACAAUUCUGGAAACAA